ACUACAGUUCCCAGGCUGCCUUGCGCACACGCACAUUCUCAGGUAUUCAAGAUGGCUGACACAGCUGGAACUGCCGGAGCCGGUGGCUCAGGAGCGAGGUCAGGAAGCAAGCAGGCCACCACCCCUGCAGACAACUACUACCUGGCACGGAGGCGGACCUUACAGGUAGUUGUGAGCUCCUUGCUGACGGAGGCUGGGUUUGAGAGUGCUGAGAAAGCAUCGGUGGAAACAUUAACUGAGAUGUUGCAGAGCUACCUUUCAGAAAUCGGGAGGAGUGCUAAAUCCUAUUGUGAGCACACGGCCCGGACACAGCCAACACUCUCAGACAUCGUAGUCACACUUGUUGAGAUGGGUUUCAAUGUGGAAACUCUCCCUGCAUAUGCUAAACGGUCCCAGAGGAUGGUCAUCACAGCACCUCCCGUCACCAAUCAGCCUGUGACUCCCAAAGCCCUGACUGCUGGACAGAACAAGUCUCACCCACCUCACAUCCCCAGCCAUUUUCCUGAAUUCCCCGAUCCCCACACCUACAUCAAAACACCGACAUACCGUGAGCUCGUGUCAGAUUACCAGGUCCUCCGGGAAAAGGCUGCAUCACAGAGGCGUGAUGUGGAACGGGCACUUACUCGUUUUAUGGCCAAGACAGGAGAGACACAGAGCCUUUUCAAAGAUGAUGUCAGCACAUUUCCAUUGAUCGCUGCCCGGCCGUUUACCAUUCCCUAUCUGACAGCCCUUCUCCCAUCUGAAUUGGAGAUGCAGCAGAUGGAAGAGACGGAUUCUUCUGAGCAGGACGAACAGACAGACACAGAGAACCUUCCUCUCCACAUUAGUGUGGAUGAAUCAGGUGCAGAGAAAGAGAAUGCCUCUGUUCUACAGCAGAACACUUCCUUGUCAGGGAGCCGGACUGGGGAGGAGAAUCUUAUUGAUAACCCUUAUCUUCGGCCUGUCAAGAAACCCAAGAUCCGUAGGAAGAAGUGAAGUAGAAGACAAUGAGGGCAUUCCAUUCUGAGUUUGUCUUCUUGACAGCAGGGAAGAAAUGAGUAAUUCACCAUUAAGCUUAGGCCUAGAAAGAGUCUCCCUGAGCUUAGCAGGUAUUUUCCUUGUUUCUCUCUUUCUGAACACCCACUCUUUCACUUUGAGGUAUCUUAGAAUGAAGCUGUCUCAACUUUUGAGAUGAGAUGACAUUAUCAUAGCCAUGAGAUUAACCCUUCCUCCAGUAGAAAUAAUGUCUAGUGUGCAGUUGACCAGAGGUCUCCCAUGGCCCUCUGGGCCACCUAGGACUUCUCUUCUGGUCCCUCUUUUCAGAUGACAGUUAAAAAAAAACCCCUGAAUUGCAAAGGGAAGCAUUUACCCAUUUCCAUUCCCAUUUAAAGGUGCCCCUGAAGGAGAAGGCUGGGUGGCCAAACUGGAAUCUAAUAUUUUGUUGGGUCUUUGACUUCAGAGAAACAAGUGUUCAACUAACAGUGUCUUUCUUAGACUGUACUGUGGGACACAGGGAAAUUUAGUGAUUUCUUUCCUGUCGUAGGCUUUUAUUCUGAUUGAAACUUCUAGGCAGCUGUAUUCCAGAUGACCCUUUUAUUGGUUCACCAGCAAUUCUGACACUGGCCCCCAGGACAGAGCCUCAUUCUGUGGCCGGUGAAGCCCUGAGAGCAUGCCCAGGCCAAAGUAGCUCAGUGACUUGUUUGAAUUACUUUUCUGCUUUGAGCCUGGCACACUUAAUGAGCCAUUGCUUCUUUUUCCAGGACAGAAGGUGAAACUUUGUUCCCUUGCCCUGUGGUCUCUGCCCCCUGACCAGGAGACAAUAAUUUAACAUUUAUUGAACUUCUGAGGAAGCUAGACUAGAAUAUCCCAGGCUCUUCCUUUUAUGUUGACCAGAAAACAGGUUCUUAAAGAAAAUUUUGUAUAAGCUGCUAUAUAUAUUCUUGCCUAGGAUUAAUGCAAAAUGAUUUGAAAAAAAAAUGCCAAAUGAAAAUUACAGGAGGGUCACAAAUAUUUUAAAUGAAAGAGAAAUAAGGAAUCUCCUAUAAGGUAUUUUGCCAAUCUUGAAAUCCUUUUGGAAAGAAAAUCUGAUUCCAUAAUAACUCUUUAUUCUCUCCUUCCCACUGCAACCCUGCCUCUAUACUUCCUUUCCCCAAUAAAUAAAACUCUUUGGCCUGAUAGUGCUACCCAUGAACUUCCUGACUAGCUAUUUUGAUGGAGAGAUUCUUUCUUAAGGGAAGAGAGCUGUUUAUUUGGAAUUGAAGAGAAAUCUGCCAAUUGGAGUGUGUUAGGAGAGAAAAUGUCAUAUUCUGAUGCCAGCUUUCAAGGCCUGUCUAUAGUUAGCUAAAGUUGUAAUACCCGUUUCGCUGAGAACACUUGAAAACUUUUUUCACAGACCAGUAGGCCUAGCUUUGUGAAUCUUGGGUUCUUUUCGGCCCUUAGAGAAAUGUAGUGUGGUGAGUAGAGGAAAAGUUCCCAUUUUGGAGGUGAGCACUAUAGAAGGUGAUAGGACAGAAUCGUUUACAGUCCUUUUCUGUAGCUAGCAACUACAAUGAGCACUUUGGGGUGGUAACUGUGCUGUGUGUGCAGUCUUACUACUGUACUUGUGCAUCACUGAUGCCAAAAAGCAUUUACCAGCACCUACUUGGAGGAGAUAUUCGUUAAGUGGAGCUUCUUGUUACUUCGCCAAGAAGAGCCACUGUUGCUGAAAUACCAUGUUCUGAGCUUUGCUGAGCAAAAUAGGCCCAUGUGAGAGAAUCUGGGGGUGGGCCAUUCACAUUUCACCCCGACAGAAGGCUUGUUCGUGUAUCAUGUUGAUCCUGACUCUCUGCUGUUAUGUAAAAAUUGUACAUGUACCCAGACACUUAUUUACAAGUUUCUAUUUUUAAAAAUUUGGGUGAGGUUUUUUGAAGGAUAUGUGGCCAAAACCAAAUGAAAACUGUUACCUGUAUGUGCAUAAUAAAAAUCUGUGAUGUAGAUAGAAUGGAA